GUUAUGUUGAAACGGUUAGCUGCUGGCUGGGAUAGGCCAUAACAACCAGCCCAACAAGGCGUUGUGUGCUACUAUAUGGGGGGAAAUACCGAACCGAACCGAGAAUAAAAACGGUUCUGGGUUAGUUUUCUACUCGAGGUAAACGCUGGGAAAGUCGAAGCCAAGUGGAAAUGAUCUUAUAUUUAGGGGAUCAGAUGUAGCCGUUGACGUCGAGCCGUGCGUAAUGAGCAGAGUUGGAAAAAGAAGGUGUUGAGCUGCAUUUUUUCUCUCCUUCUCUCUCUCUCUCUGUCUCUGUGUGUGCCAAAGGGACAACUUGGGUCGGAGUACUGUCUAAAACUACGAGGUGAUACGAAGACAAAAUAAUGCGCAAGAAGCUCGUCACUUUCUGGUAUGGCAGGCUGGGCCCGGGGCUCUGAGGAUCAGCGCCUGACCCACGACUGAGGAUUGAGAGGAAUACGUCAUCUGAGCAGAAUGACUCAGCAAGAGGGGGGACCCCCAAAUAGCAAGUGAAGAGAAGUGAGGAUGGGUGCCAAUGGAUCCAGCUAUCCACACUCAUGCUCCCCACGCAUAGGGGGAAAUGCACAUGCACAGCAGACUUUUAUAGGGACCUCAUCCUACUCUCAGCAGGGAUAUGGCUGGGAGUCUAAGCUAUACAGCCUGGAGCACGGCCAUGAGCGGCCCACAGACAGGAAGAAGAAGAGCCUUGGUCUUGCGACCCUCAAACGGAGGUUCAUCAAAAGGAGGAAGUCCAGCCGCUCAGCAGAUCAUGCGCGGCAGAUGCGGGAGCUUUUGUCGGGGUGGGACGUCCGUGACACAAACGCCCUGGUGGAGGAAUACGAGGGCACGGCAGCGCUCAAGGAGCUAAGCUUUCAGGCCAGCCUGGCACGUGCUGAGGCGCCCAGCUUGCAGCGGGAUCUGGCCGCCCUCUACCAGCAUAAGUACUGCACUGAUGUGGACCUCAUCUUCCAAGGUACUUGCUUCCCAGCUCACCGGGCCAUCCUGGCUGCCCGCUGCCCCUUUUUCAAGACGCUGCUGUCGUCAUCCCCUGGCUAUGGAGCAGAGGUUCUCAUGGACAUUGAGACAGCUGGCAUUGAUGUGCCCAUGUUCUCUGCCCUACUUCACUACUUGUACACCGGGGAGUUCGGAGUGGGCGGAGCGGAGGAUACCAGGCUGCAGAACGUGGACGUACUGGUGCAACUCAGUGAGGAGUUUGGUACACCCAACUCCCUGGAGGCUGAUAUGAAGGGCCUGUUCGAUUACAUGUGUUACUACGACGCUCUGCUCAGCUUCUCCUCAGACUCCGAGAUGAUAGAGAGCUGUAAUGAGCGAGGUGCUGUGGCUGCAGCACCAACCGUGAGCUCAGGAUGCCCCGGGACCCCAGACGAGGACCUUAGGGCUCACAAAGCUAUCCUCUCGGCACGGUCUCCUUUCUUUAGGAACCUUUUGCAGAGGCGCAUCCGCACAGGAGAGGAAAUGACAGAGCGCACAUUGCAGACACCCACCCGCAUAGUGCUGGAUGAGUCCAUCAUCCCGCGGAAGUAUGUGCAGGUCAUUCUCCACUGCAUGUACACAGAUGCGGUGGAGCUGGGGCUGGUGCUGCGGGGAAGCCCCUCAGCGGGCAGCCUCGGCGAGGUGCAAGCCCUGGUGUCUGGGGGCCGUGGAGCCAGCACACGCACAGAGGAGGCCAUGGAGCUGUACCACAUCGCUCUGUUCUUGGAGUUCAGUAUGCUUGCUCAAGGGACAGACAGUUUACUGUCUGAUACAUGCAUCUGAGCUUCUGUCAACACUCCGUCACUGGUCGUCUACUUCGUCACUGGUUUAUCUUUACUCGGAUGGCACCAUCUUUCUGACUCUUGCCGCUGUUUCAGAAUGACCCCAAAGGUCAAAGCCGUGGUUUGACAUGACCUGAGCCACUCUCACCUCUUCCAGAGUGGCAUGUCUGAACGCUGUCCAGUUUCUAUUAACAAAGCUCCACUUCAAUCAGAAUAACCUAUGCAAAACUUGUAGGAGUCUAUUUCAAAUGCACACACUAAGUACUGCAUUUGGCCUCCCUGUCAGCACUGUGUGGAUCCUGAGAGGUUGUAUGACUCACUGUUAUCAUAUCGUAUCAUCUUAUCUUUCACAGAGCCACGAUGAUGGGAAUUAGUUUGUCAAAUAUUGAAAUGGUGAUAUGAGUCGCAUUAAACGAUUUAAGCAUACAGCUUUGCUUGCCUCAUGCUGUGUAAUGAAAUCAAAACAGUAUUAUUUUCAAUUUCAAACGCCAAGUUACAAUACUAUUCAGCAUAUUCAAAAUGCACUCUAUAUAGUUUAUUGUGACUCAAACCACCUCAGCGAAGCUGUUUUUACAGGAAAAGCUUGUGGUUGAAAGGCUUUUACUGAGCCUUAGCGUUUUUUUCUGACCGCCAGUGUCUUUUUUUCAGUUACUCACAAAGAAGAGAGUGCUCCAACUUUUUGGUGCGGCUGUUCCGAGAGCUUCUAGUUGAGAAUCUCUGAACUUUUCAGAAAGGCGCUGGUGUCUUCAUGGUUGCUCCUUUUCAGGUAGUCCUCCGGUUGGUGCUCAUGGUGAAAAAACAAUGUCAAAUAAAUACAUAGUAGACCAAAUAGAUAAUAAAAAGCAAAGGGGCGAUGAUGGUCUGUCAUACAACAACGGUCAUAGACACAAAACCCACGCACAGUGGGAACGCUUAUUUGAAGAAGUGCUCCCCGCCAAUGCUUUUCCGCCAGAGAAAAACGCUAUAUUGACACACGCCCUGUAGCAGCUGCAGACACACAACAUACACAGAGGUGUUUGAGCCUCUGUGUAUGCUACGCUAACAUUCAUUAUUCAUUCAUUAUCCGUAACCGCUUAUCCUAUUCAGGGUCGCUGGGGAGCUGGAGCCGAUCCCAGCUGACAUUGGGCAAAGGCAGAGUACACCCGGGACAGGUCGCCAGACUAUCACAGGGCUGACACAUGAAGACAGACAACCAAUCAUGCUCACCUACGGGCAAUUUAGAGUCACCAAUUAAUAUAACCUGCAUGUUUUUGGACUGUGGGAGGAAACCCACGCUAAACCCACGAGAACAUGCAAACCCCUAGCCGGAUUCGAACAUGCGACCCUCUUGCUGUGAGGCGACAGUGCUAACCACUGCACCACCGUACAGCCUAACAUAUGCCUUUAUAACUUGGUUUGAGUCCAGUACAAAGUAUAGUUUCAUCAGUAUAUUCCAGCCCAUUUUGUGCAAGUUCACACUGCAAUAUUGAUACAAAUUUAACACAUGAUGUAAUUUAUGGGUUUGGAUGGAUGUGUGACUAUUUAAGCUUGAAAACGACAACAAAAUGCAUCCUGUCCAAAGAGGAAGCUAUAUAUGAAUAACGAGAUAUUUCUGGGACACGAUGCACUCUGUGGUGAGAUGGUUGACAUGCUUGUAUCAAAUCUUUCAAAAGCACAGGAUUAGUUGUGUGCAGCUGCUGAAUUGUCUGUAUUGAGUGAGGGGCCAUGAAUCAAUCACCUUUUUUAAGAUCUAUGCAGUGAUCAUAAUAGCACCGUCCAGUAACACCAUACACACAGCUGGUCAGAAAACACCUCCCACCCGAAAGCUCUAGUGUCGCUCUCAGGGUCACUCUGGCAGCUUAAGCCGACGAGCAGCCAAAUAGUGUCAUCCCCACACACUGUCACCCCCUCUUCCUUCCCAUCCCCCCUCUCAACAAGCCCCUACUGGAGGGUAUUUUUAUCCCCUCUCCUCCCUCUCCCCACAGUGCUGCGCCGCUCUAAUCAGUUCCCAUGAAGCCACAAUGUGGAAUGUGGUGAGAUGGUUGACCUGGUGUCAUUUUAUCCAAAUCCUCUCUCUUUGUCUAUUUUGCAACUUCCUAUUACCCUUUUGGAGAUCUGUAUUUUAUGCCUUUUUCACAUUUAAUUAAAAAAAAUCACACACUCCAAGUAUCCAAUCAUACUGGCAUCUGUGAGUUGAUGAUGAAAUGAGAAAUGUAUCUGUGUCCAUCCCACGGCUUGAGACUUCAGUAGCUGCCAUGUGUCUUCAUGAGGCAGCAGAGAGGCGUAUGUCCGGGGUUUCAUAUGGAGAGAGCCCUCUCAUCUGUCACACGGUCUUCCCCCUCGUGUGCAACUCGUCUGCUGCCGUCUGGCUGUGUGAAGUUUUGGCCCGUGGAGGUUUUUGUGGAGCAGUGGAGCUCUCUGUCAUUCUCCCCUUAUUAAUUCUCAAGAUGUGUAUCCCUUUAUGACUCCAUCUCACUCAAAUAGCAACCGAUAUUAAAAGCCUUAUUAAUUUUUCAAGUGCACCGCAGAGAUGAUAGCCAGUUGGUGUGGUUUCAGCUGGUGCACUGUGGUACUUCCUCUCUCUCUCUCUCUCUCUCUCCAUGCCCACUGACUGACCGGUGCUUUCCGUGCCCUGUCUUGUGUUUGGAGUGUGUUGACUGGAGUCCCAAUCCUUGAGUGAUCAUCAGACAUGAUUUACAUCCACAGGCUUGUUUACAGGCUAUUGAGUGCAGUUGAUGAUUUAAGUGGCUUUGGAGACCGUGCGCUCCAUAAACAAGGAGCUCCAAAUAAUAACAGCAAGACAAAAUGCAUUCGUCCUCCAGAGUUAGUGUAGUGUAGAGCUGGCUGUUGCCGCUCCUGCUGUUGUGUUGAUAUUCUUGUCAGUCGGCUAAGCUCCAGUGAAUGUGGUGUACCACCCGUGGAGAGAAGGGGAGGCGGGUUAGUAUUAGAUAUAAUGCUGAUUCUAAUCUCCAGCUCAUAAUAAAAGUGCUGCGUUUUUAAAAGACUGGCUGUCGCCUUGAAUUCUAAUGGGCUGAUACAGAGCAGAGCUGUUUGCUUUCCUGGGCCACUGGUCCCAAGUGGGCAAUUGUCUGCCUUUUGUGCAUGUGUGUGUCUGCUUUUCAGAGAGGGCAAAGAUGCAAAGGUGAAAGACUGACGUGAGCAAAAGCACUUUCUAGACAGCACAGGGACGUGUGGCGGAGGCACAGAUGUUGUGAAUCCAUUCCCUUCUCCAGUCUGUUUAUAGCAGAUAAAAAAGCCAAAGUGCCGGGGUCCACAUUUCAACUUCAUCUGUCUUCUUAACGAUGCAGGAUUUCCACCCUGGGUUUUAAAACACUGCGGGUGCCUGAUUUGCAUUUCUCUAACUUGCCAUUACAACUGAAGAUGCCCAAAAGGGGAAGUGCAUCAUGAGUUUGUGCAUCCAUGCAUGUAUGUGUAUUGCUUACAUGUGUGUAUGUGCUCAUCUUCUUAGACGAAUAUGAAGCCUCGGAUUCAAAAACAGAAGGAUCUCUGGAGCCAUCACUCUCAAGUCUGGUGUCCAGUUUCCCAGAGUGUUCAAAGUGGUGGUUUGGGGGGCGGAAAGGCAGCUUAGAUCUUCUACUUUAAGAUAAGACAAGCCUUUCCCAGAGGAGCGUUGCUACUAUGAGCUGAUGGACAGGACGGCCUGGAAUGAGGAAGUUGGCAAGCUUGUGUUUCAGUUCAGAGUAGCAACUAACUGGACGUCAGUCAGUCUGGCUUUAUCUCGAUGGAUGUCCGUUUUGUAUUAAAUGUUAUUGAUCAGAGAAAGGCGGAGAAUAAGAGCCACUGAUGUGUCUAGCGUGUUGGGGUUUGGCAUAAAUAGCUUGACCUAGCCAAUCAUAUGUUAAUCUGAGUGGAUGUUAGUAGCUUUAAUUCUGCCUAAGUGGAUCCCUCUUUGAAUACGUGUGAGUUUGAGUGCCAGCAUAGGCAGAAUUUUCAAAUAGUAGCUCCUUUUUAAAAUGGCUAAAGCAGCAGGUACAUAAUUCCCAAAGCCUUCUGUGGCUUUUUAAUGCAUUUUUGAUUUAUGCACACAAGUGUGUACACAAUUGCAAAGUGUGUGUGUGAGUGUGUGCCUGUGCACCCACCGGCAGCACAUUUCCUCAGGCUGCUGUGUUUACUUAUCACGGUUAAGAGGAGGCAGCUUGAGACUGAAACACAUCAAGGUAUCAAAGGCAUUUAUGUGGGUUGGUGUGUUACAGAGUUAAACCACUGCCUGCUGUUCUGGUAUGUGCUCUGAUUUAGGAAACGCAGCAAGGAGGAUGUGGGGGCUAGUGGAGGGAGACUCCCUGGGUCAGUGAAUACAAGUCAAAACUACUGAUGGUCUGGCAGCGGCUGCAGAAUCACCACUUGUAUUCUAAUAAUCUUCAGUUAAAUCAUUCUCUAUUGUAGUUCUUUUUUUUUUUAGCUUUUGUUAAGUAUUAUAUUGCUGGCAUUAAUAUCUGUACUCUUGUUUUUGGGAUAUGAUACAUCUGUGCCC